UUUAUAUCUUGUGUCCAAUAUUUGCACAUAAACAUAAAACCAUUAUUUAUAUUGUAGAUUUCCAUGUGUAUAAAUAGUGUGUAUCUAGGUAUGUAAAGGUUCAUUUUAUUUUGUAGAAAUUAUGGGCAUGAGCACAGCCUCCUUCACUGAAAGCCAUGAAGCAUACAUCUGGCAACGCCACGUGUGGGUCUAUCCUCUACCGCCAAUCUCGUCCAUUUUGCUCGUGUUUGUGUUUUGCUGUGGUAUUGCUCCAUUUGUGAUUGUGAUUUGGACCGCACGUGAAUUGAUUUGUACGCUGUAGAUUUGUAAAGAUCUGUUUUCAAUCAGCUCCUCAUAAUUGUUUGAAUAUGCCUAGGUUAUGUUGCGUGCCAGGCUGCAAAUCUAAUUAUAAAAGUACCCUGAAAAAUGAAGAAUUGCAAACAACUUUUUGUUUUCCAAAUGAAGAAUCCCUUCAAAAGUUAUGGCUGAAGGCCAUUCACCGUGACAACUAUUCCAUAACAAAACAUUCAGUGGUAUGCUGCAAGCAUUUUACAGAAGGUGAAAUAAGGCGCUUUGAGGUUUUUAAGGACAAGGAUAGUGUUUUUCAAGAACGCCCUCUAGCACGGCCAACAUUGAAAAGAGGAGCUGUACCCCAUAUAUUUGCAAAUUUACCAAAAUAUAUGAGUACUCCAGAGCCGAAAGCACGUCGAGAUCCAGAGGAACGACAAAAAGAAUGCAUCCAAAGAGAAACUGAUCAAAUUGAGGCAUUUUUAAAUGAUGACUUGAUUGUAGACUUUGAUGAAUUCAAAUUACUUGUGCAGACAAAAACAGUGCUGAAAAACUGGUGCUUGAAAACUUGUGGUGAAGUGUUUUAUUUUUAUUUGUUAAAUACUGACUGUGAUGUGUUAGAGGAAGGUGUUAAGGUUAUCAAUAGUAUAGUCAUUCAUUCUGACAUGACUGUGCAAGUAUUCCUCCAUAACACGGAAUUAUCUCCUAAUGACUUAAGGUGGAUUUUACCAGAGCGGAAGCUUCAAAGAUGGUCUCAGAUUGAAAAUUUAUUGACAAGGUAUAGUUUUGCUCAGCAUACUGACUUGGAUGGUACUUUUCAUUUGAAAAAGGCACAUGAACAUCUGAUAUCAGCAAUUGCAAUCUUAAAUCAACAAAACAGUAAACAUCUCACAACUUUAGAACUUUUAAAGGACCAGCUUUCUCUCAUUACAUCGAAAAAGGUAUAUAAUAUGCCGACUUUUUUUUCAUUGAUUAUUUUCAAUCAGUCAUCUUCAACAUAUGAACAUAUUAGAGAUUAUUUAAUUCUCCCUACGAGUAGACGUUUAAAGCAAAUUUCUUCAGAGUUUAAUGUUUCACCAAUUUUAGACAAAGAGAGAAAAAAUAGUUACCUUCAACAUGCAGCUUCAAAUCUCUCUGAUAGAGAGAAAAUUGUAUGUCUUUUAAUUGAUGAAAUUUAUGUAAAAACUGGUUUACAGUAUAAAGCAAAGAAUGUGACUGGGUUUGCUGAGAAUGAUCCAACUAAGCUGGCCAAAUCAGUUCAGACAUUCAUGAUAUCGUCUGCAUUUGCCAAUUUUAAAGAAGUUGUACGUCUUGUACCAGCUGAUGAAUUGUCCCAAAUAGUGUUAGAUGUAAUCAGAUACAUACAAAUGGAGGGGUUUAAAGUGUUGUGUGUAAUCACUGAUAACAAUAGAGUAAAUCAAAAAGUUUUUAGGUGUCUCUGUAAUGGUGAUGUAUAUUUUUCAAAUCCAUCAGAUCCUGCAGAAAAAAUUUUUACACUAUUUGAUUUUGUCCACAUAUUUAAAAAUAUAUAUCAUAACUGGUUGAAUUUGAAAAAUUUUGAGCAUACAUUUCUGUAUCCAAAUUAUAAUAAUUUUGAUGUUCAAGAAAAAGCUUCAUUUGAAAAUAUUAGAAGCUUUUAUAAGAAUGAAAUAGAAAAAUUAACUAAGUUGGCUUACAAAUUAAAUGAUAAAACAUUAUAUCCCAAUAAUUUAGAAAGACAAAGUGUAGUUUUGGCAAAUAAUGUUUUCCAUGAAUCCACAAUCACUGCCCUUAAAACUUGCAGUAGUUACAGCAGCACAGCAAAUUUUCUACAAAUAGUGCAUGAUUGGUGGAGGUUCAUAAAUGUAAAAAAUACUUUAAAGGGUACGCAUAAAAGAAAUGAUCACUCGUGUCCCAUCAUUCCAUUUCACGAAAAUAUUAAAUUUUUGAAGAAAUUUUUAAAUUGGUUGGAUGCGUGGCAUCAAAAUAUUCAAAACGUUGGACUCAGUAAAGAUACAUACAAUGGAUUGAAACAUAGUACAAGUGUUAUGAUUAAAAUUGUAGACUAUUCUUUUGAACACUUUCCAGUUGAGUAUGUACUUUGUGGGAAAUUUCAAACAGAUAAUUUGGAAAAGAGGUUUGGUAGAUAUCGAUAUCUAUCUGGAUGUAAUUAUCAUAUUUCUUUCAAUCAAAUUCUAGAAUCUGAAAAGAAAAUCAGACUUCAGAAUGUUUUGAAGACGUGCAACACAGAAUUUGAUUUAAAAGAGCUUCGCAAUUCUUCCUUAACAUCUGAGCAAGAUACAUUUUCACUGGAUAUAUCAGACUUUCUUUUUAUUUUGGAAACUGAUUAUUUAAUUAGCUAUGAUGUUGAUGAAGCAGUAAAAAUAUACAUAUGUGGGCCAUUCUCUCAUAAAAAAAAUUAGUUGUACAAAAUGCCAGGAAAAACUAAUUAGGAGCAAAGGUGUCAUGUUGGAAUUAGAUUAUUUUGAUUAUUUACAAAGAGGAGGUCUUUGCAUUCCAGCUGAUGAGAUAGGAUAUAUCUAUCAUCAUGCCUGUGCCAUUUUUACUUAUAUAAUUGAUCAUGAAAAUACUUUGAAAAUGUUAUUUGCCCAAUUAGAUCAUAAAACUAUUUUAGGUACACUAAUUGUGGAAAGUUUAGAAUCAGAUGUAUUCAUUGACCUUAAGAUUAUUUGUGAAUGUGGUAUGCCCCAUAAGAAAAUAUAUACUGCUGCAACAUUCAUUAUAUGUAAUAUUUUAUUAAAUAUUAAAAACAACUUGUGUCUCAAAGAAAAAAGUGACAAGAAAAGAAAACUAUUAACUUUGACAUCCAAGCUUAUAAAUAAUUAAUAUUUGUGUGCAAUAAGUGAUUAGUUCUAGGUGAAAAACAUAUACUAAUUCAUAAUUUUUCUAUUAAAC